AUGAAGGGGCGGGAGCUGCGGGAGGACCAGGAAGAGCUGGCGGCCUCUCACAGCGAGACAGAGUUGAAUUCAGCCCAAAGCCCUGCGACCAGGUCAGAGGAAUGCUCUUCCAUCAUCGUGGACGACGUUCCUCUUAACGGCCCGGCGCUCAGUGCUCUGUCGUGGGACAGCUUCAUUCAGCAGUCCAUGGAGAUCAUUUUAGAAGACGCGGUGAAAAAGGCCACGGAUGUCAGAGAAAAGGUUUGUGAGUGGCGUCGCCCCGAGGAGCUGAAGAAGCUGCUGGACCUGGAGCUGAGAGACCAAGGAGAGUCUGAGUCCAAGAUCCUGGAGCGAUGUCGAGACACCAUCAGAUACAGCGUCAAGACCACCCACCCUCGUUUCUUCAACCAGCUGUUCGCAGGGAUGGACCCUUACUCUCUGGUAGCAAGCCUCAUCACUGAGACCAUCAAAACCAGUGUCUACACAUAUGAGGUGGCACCAGUCUUUACUCUCAUGGAGGAAGUUGUGCUGAAGAAGAUGAUUGAGAUUGUCGGCUGGGAAGAUGGAGGAGAUGGGAUCUUUAAUGCAGGUGGCUCAAUGUCCAACUUGUAUGCGAUGAACCUGGCCAGGUACCAGUACUCUCCUGACAUCAAAGAGCUCGGACUCUCUGUGGUUCCACAACUGGUCCUGUUCACCUCACAAGAGUCUCAUUUCUCCAUCUCUAAAGCAGCAGCUUUAAUGGGAAUUGGCACGAAGAAUGUUUAUGUGGUGCCGUCUGAUAAAAGAGGGAAGAUGAUUCCUUCUGCUCUUGAAGAGCAAAUCAGAUCUGCUAAAAUCAAGGGAGCGGUUCCCUUCAUGGUAAAUGUCACAGCAGGGACCACGGUACUUGGAGCGUUCGAUCCUAUCGACAGUGUAGCAGAAAUCUGUGAGAAGCACAACGUUUGGCUGCACGUGGAUGCAUGUUGGGGAGGAGGAGCGCUCAUGUCAAAGAAGCACAAGCACUUGUUAAAGGGCAUUGAGAGAGCCAGCUCUGUCGCCUGGAACCCUCACAAGAUGCUGCUGGCGAGUCUGCAGUGCUCAGCUUUCCUGCUCAGAGACAAAACGAGUCUCCUCCAGCGCUGCCACUCUGCUCAGGCCACCUACCUCUUCCAGCAGGACAAAUUCUACGAUGUGAACUACGACACAGGCGACAAGUCAAUCCAAUGCAGCAGGAAGCCAGACGUCUUCAAGUUUUGGCUCAUGUGGAAGGCUUUAGGAACCAGAGAGCUGGAGCAGCGGGUGGACAGAGCCCUUGCCAUGGCCAGGUAUCUUGCAGAAGAAAUUAAAAAAAGAGAAGGUUUCCGUCUGUUGAUGGAGCCUGAAUAUGCAAAUGUUUGCUUCUGGUAUAUUCCACCGAGUCUAAGGAACCUUCCUGAUGGACCAGAGUUCUGGCAAAAACUGCACAAUGUGGCCCCGAUUAUCAAAGAGCGCAUGAUGAAGACUGGCAGCAUGAUGGUGGGCUACCAGCCCCAUGGGGGCCAUGCCAACUUCUUCAGGAUGGUGGUCAUCAGCCCCCAGGUCAGCAGGCAGGACAUGGACUUUGUCCUGGAUGAGAUCCACAACCUGGGAAAGGACUUGUGA